UAACGAAGUAAUCAUACUUGGAGUUCAUGUAGAUGUUCAUUGGGGAUGGAGCAAAACUUGUUCGUGAUGCCUUUCAGCUUGCAAAAGAGAAAUCCCCCUGCAUCAUUUUCAUAGAUGAAAUUGAUGCAAUUGGCACAAAGCGAUUUGAUAGUGAAGUGAGUGGGGAUAGGGAGGUGCAACGUACAAUGCUUGAACUGCUUAAUCAGCUUGAUGGCUUUAGUAGCGAUGACCGGAUCAAGGUGAUAGCAGCAACAAAUCGUGCUGACAUCCUUGACCCAGCUCUUAUGCGUUCUGGUCGGUUGGAUCGUAAAAUUGAGUUUCCACAUCCCACAGAAGAUGCAAGAGCUAGAAUUCUGCAGAUUCACUCGAGGAAGAUGAAUGUCCACCCAGAUGUGAAUUUUGAA